AUGAAACUGCUUCUGAUAGCUGUUUUAGCAGUUUGCCUUGGACAGCUCCAAGCUGGUCCAGUGGCUAUACCAUCGGAAGGUGUCCCAUCGUCUGACGCUCGUGCCCAAUUCUUUGCCGAGUUUAAUAACCUGCUGGACGGAAUCGCACAGGAAGCCCUCGUAAGCCUUUCCACCAUACAGCAAAACGCUGACAAACAGUUCCGAUCGGUUGAAGAUGCCAUCCAAGAUCUCGAGACGCUUUACAAUGAGAAGGUCUUGAAGGAAAUUGAAAAGUACGAUGGCGCACUGGAUGAGCUGAAGUCGAAGGUGUCCCCAUGCUUUGCGGAAGUCCAACAGAACGUUCGCGACAUUGUGCAGAAUGCUCGGGAUAAGGCGGGACAGUGUGCCAAGGAAACGUUGGAUCGUGUGCACUUGAUCGAAAAGAAGAUCGAAGAACACAUAGAGGCUGGUACGGAAAAGGUGAAGCAAAUCAUAGCGAUCGGACAGAAGUGCCUGUCGGACAACACUUGGAUUGUGGAUCAAAUUAACUGUGCGCUACAGAACGCUCCUGUGGCGGUUGGCAUUGUGGAAGAAAUCGUUCGUGAUGCUGCAGUUCUUAUUGGACAAACUUCUCGAGAUGUGGCCGCACUGGCUAAGGACACUGAGCAAUGUCUAGCAGUGUCGGUCCAGGAUGCGGUGACCGAAUUUAACGAAAUGUUAGCAAAGGUCGUCGUAUGUUUGAAUGAAGCCGAAAAUAACGCUGUCGAUACAGUUCCGGAAUCCGGAAACUAAACCUAUGUAUAAUGUAAAGCA